AUGGUACCAGAGUACACCACCUACCAGAUGGUACCAGAGUACACCACCUACCAGAUGGUACCAGAGGAGACUCACCUUCCCGAUGGUACCAGAAGACCCCCAGACCCCCUCCUCCCAGACCCCCUCACCCCCUCCAAGACCCUCACAGGCCCCCUCCUCCCAGACCCCCUCCUCCAAGACCCUCACAGACCCCCUCCGCCAAGACCCUCACAGACCCCCUCCCAGACCCUCCCAGACCCUCCCAGACCCCCUCAACCCCUCCCAGACCCUCCCAGACCCCCUCCUCCCAGAACCCCUCCCAGACCCUUACAGACCCCCUCCUCCCAGACCCCCUCCUCCCAGACCCCUUCCUCCCAGAACCCCUUCUACACCCUCACAGACCCCCUCCUCCCAGACCCUCCCAGACCCUCCCAGACCCCCUCCCAGAUUCCCUCCCAGACCCUCCAAGACCCCCUCUUAGACCCUCUCAGACCCCCUCCCAGACCCCCUCCUCCCAGACCCCCUCCUCCCAGAACCCCUCCUAGACCCCGAGACCCUUGGCCUCUCCUGUGGCCCCAGAAGGAGGCCCCAGAAGGAGGCCCCAGAAGGUGGCCCCAGAAGGAGGCCCCAGAAGGAGGCCAGCUAAGUGGGACGGUGGUUAUUUUCAGCUCUGUGUUCCUCCGGUUCUGUAUCCUCCUGGUUCUGUGUCCUCCCCCGCUGACUGGUUCUCUGUUCUCUGUAACAGGUUCUCCUGGUCUGACUGGUUCUCUGUUCUCUGCAACAGGUUCUGUUUCCUCCCGGUCUGAUUGGUUCUCUGUUCUCUGUAUUAGCUUCUCCUGGUCUGACUGGUUCUCUGUCCUCUGUCCAGUCUGCUCCCAGUACGCCCGGGGCGUGUACGCCAUCUUCGGCUUCUACGAUAAGAAGAGUGUGAACACCAUCACGUCGUUCUGCGGGACGCUGCACGUGUCCUUCAUCACGCCAAGCUUCCCUCUGGACGGCACCCAGCAGUUCAUCCUGCAGAUGAGACCCGACAUCAAAGGCCCCCUGCUGAGCCUCAUCGAGUACUACAAGUGGGACAAGUUCGCCUACCUCUACGACAGCGACCGAGGCCUCAGCACCCUGCAGGUUGUCCUGGACACGGCGGCCGAGAGGAAGUGGCAGGUGACGGCCAUCAACGUGGGCAACCUGAAGGACGAGAGGAAGGACGAGGCGUACCGCUCGCUGUUCCAGGACCUGGAGACCAAGAAGGAGCGCAGGGUCAUCCUGGACUGUGAGCAGGACAAGGUCAAGGACAUCAUGGAGCAGGUCGUCACCAUUGGCAGACAUGUCAAAGGCUACCAUUACAUCAUCGCCAAUCUGGGCUUCAUCGACGGGGACCUCUCUAAGAUCCAGUACGGGGGGGCAAACGUGUCCGGCUUCCAGAUCGUGGACUUCGAGGAGCCGCUGGUGGCCAAGUUCGACCAGCGGUGGGAGGCCCUGGAGGAGAAGGAGUACCCAGGGGCCGACAGCAAGAUACGGUACACCUCCGCCCUGACCUACGACGCGGUGCAGGUGAUGACGGAGGCGUUCCGCUCGCUCCACAAGCAGCGCAUCGACAUCUCGCGCCGCGCCAACAACGGGGACUGCCUGGCCAACCCGGCAGUACCCUGGGCCCACGGCGUGGAGAUCGAGAGGGCCCUGAAACAGGUGCGUGUUGAUGGACUGACUGGUAAUAUCCAGUUUGACCAGCAUGGGAAGCGCGUCAACUACUCGGUCAACAUCAUGGAGCUCAAGAACAACGGACCGGUCAAGAUCGGCUACUGGAAUGAAAUGGACAAGAUGGCCGUCACAAAGUCUGACGUCUUUGCAAACGAAUCUACAGGAAUGGAAAACAAGACGGUUAUUGUUACCACCAUCUUGGAAGCGCCCUAUGUGAUGCUGAAGAAGAACUCUGACCUGUUCGUUGACAAUGAGCGCUACGAGGGUUACUGCGUGGACCUGGCCGCCGAGAUCGCCAAGCAUUGCGGCUUCAAGUACCAGCUGAAGGUGGUCGGUGACGGCAAGUACGGCGCCCGCGACGCUGAGACCAAGAUCUGGAAUGGCAUGGUCGGGGAGCUCGUCUACGGGAAAGCGGACAUUGCGGUGGCUCCCCUGACCAUCACCCUGGUGCGCGAGGAGGUGAUCGACUUCUCCAAGCCCUUCAUGUCGCUGGGCAUCUCCAUCAUGAUCAAGAAGCCCCAGAAGUCCAAACCCGGCGUGUUCUCCUUCCUGGACCCGCUUGCCUACGAGAUCUGGAUGUGCAUCGUGUUCGCCUACAUCGGGGUCAGCGUGGUGCUGUUCCUGGUCAGCCGCUUCAGCCCCUACGAGUGGCACACCGAGGAGUACGAGGACGGCCAGAUCCAGACCAACGAGUCCACCAACGAGUUUGGCAUCUUCAACAGCCUCUGGUUCUCGCUCGGCGCCUUCAUGAGACAAGGCUGCGACAUCUCCCCCAGGUCUCUGUCGGGCCGCAUCGUGGGGGGCGUCUGGUGGUUCUUCACCCUCAUCAUCAUCUCCUCCUACACGGCCAACCUGGCCGCCUUCCUCACGGUGGAGCGGAUGGUGUCGCCCAUCGAGAGCGCCGAGGACCUGGCCAAGCAGACGGAGAUCGCCUACGGGACGCUGGACUCUGGUUCCACCAAGGAGUUCUUCAGGCGCUCCAAGAUCGCCCUGUUUGACAAGAUGUGGACGUACAUGCGCAGCGCCGAGCCCUCGGUGUUCGUGAAGACCACGGCCGAGGGCGUGGUCAGGGUCCGCAAGUCCAAGGGGAAGUACGCCUACCUGCUGGAGUCCACCAUGAACGAGUACAUCGAGCAGAGGAAGCCCUGCGACACCAUGAAGGUCGGAGGCAACCUGGACUCCAAGGGCUACGGAAUCGCUACGCCCAAAGGAUCUUCAUUAAGAAACGCCGUUAACCUCGCAGUGUUAAAACUGAACGAGCAGGGCCUGUUGGACAAAUUGAAAAACAAAUGGUGGUACGACAAAGGAGAAUGCGGCAGCGGUGGUGGCGAUUCCAAGGAGAAGACCAGCGCACUCAGCCUGAGCAACGUGGCGGGGGUCUUCUACAUCCUGGUGGGGGGGCUGGGCCUCGCCAUGCUGGUGGCCCUGAUUGAGUUCUGUUACAAGUCCCGGGCCGAGGCCGCGCGAAUGAAGAUGACCUUGGGCGAUGCGAUGAGGAACAAGGCGCGGUUGUCCAUCACCGGCAGCACGGGGGAGAACGGCCGAGUGGUGACCCCCGAGUUCCCCAAAGCCGCCCACUGCGCCCCGUACGCCCGCCCCGAGAUGGGUCUGAACGUCAGCCUGACCGACCUAUCGUGAUCCUCUGAGUGCCUUACAACGCUCCAAUCACGCGCCUCCGUCUCUUCUUUCCUCCCCAUUCUGCCGGUGGUCUCCGGUUCAUUCCGGUCAUCUCCGGUCGUCUCCGGUUUUAUGUCUGGCUGAUGGAACGUCCUCUGGCCCCCGUGAGGUGGGAGCCCCUCCCCCCCCCCUGUGGGGGGACACGUCCCAGAACAACAAAGGUUUCUCUCUGGGAUUGAGUUUCUCCUGACGGACACAGAAACCUUGAUUGACAGCAACUGCUGCUGCUGGAAGAAUGAGCAUCAGUUUGUGUGCGUGUGUGUGUGUGUGUGUGUGUGUGUGUGUGUGUGUGUGUGUGUGUGUGUGUGUGUGUGUGUGUGUGUGUGUGUGUGUGUGUGUGUGUGUGUGUGUGUGUGUGUGUGUGUGUGUAUGUUCCUAAAGAUGUUGAAUCUGCGUAGGAUUUUCAAGCACAUUCGACACCAUCUUCAUCGAGAUGUGAAAUUGUCUUUUUUUUUAAGAAAAUAUAAAAAAAAAGACCAAUUUAAAAACACUAUUUUUUUCACAAGAGCGGUAGACUAAUGUGCUUCUGUGUGGGUUGGGUAGCAACAUCUCAAUGUGACAAACUGCUUUCAGUUUCAUCUUUUUUAAAGCCAAAUAUGUUGUUUAUGGAUUUAAAUGUUAUAAUCAUGUAAUUUAUUACAAUUCAAAAAAGAUCCUGUGUAUCUUUUUCUUUGAUAUUUGGUGUUGAUAUGAAAUAUUUGUUGAUGCUUGAUCUUUUAAAACGUCAAGCCUUAUUUGUUUUGCUUGUUAGACUUGGUGCCGCAAAUUCUGUUCAACUUGUGUGGAUUAGUUUGCUUCGAUUAUCUCGCUGUUUGUGUUUUGGACUUAAAGCGGAACUCUUCCCAGUUUACACACCAUGCAAAAAAAGCAUACAAAAGACUUUUUCACAAAUAAAGACCAGAUUUCAUGUUCAGAGAGGUGAUCCAGGUUAGGUGGCCAGUUUAGUUAACCAGGUUAGUUGGACCAGGUUAGUUAAACCAGGGUUAGCGUGCCAAAUAAGUAUGAGUGCCAAAUGGUAGUGGUAGUUAAUAUUCUUAUGUCUCACUGUACACAGUGACUGUAUAUGAUACAUUCUAUAACUUUUGUAAGUAGAUGUUGAUGGGAGGCCGUGAUAUUCCAAGAGCCUGUUAUUGAUCGAACUGUUAUUGAUCGUGUUGAUCGGUUAGAGAUCAAUGCAAUCGCUAACUGAUCAACACUAUCACUAACCAAUCACCGCGAUCGGAGACCGAUCAACAAGAUCGCUAACCGAGUAACGCAAUUGGUUAUUGAUCGUGUUGAUCGGUUACCGAUAACGUUGAUCGGUUACCGAUCAAGGUGAUUGGUUAUUGAUUGAGUUUUUCCGAUAUAGAUUGAGUUGAUGGGAUAUUGAUCGAGCACUAGUCGCAUGUUGAAGCUGCAGAAUAAUGCAUUUUCCUCGAUUCUAAACUUACAUUUCCAUUUGAUGUUAACCAUUUGGAAUAUCAGUCAUAUAUAUAAACAAUAAUAUAUAAAUAUACAUCUAUAUACAACUAUAUUUUAUAUAAAAAGUCGAAACACAAAAAACUGCCCUUUGUAUGUAUAAUUUUUAAGUUAUUAUAAUCGUUUUUUGAUCAAUCUAAAUUACACCUAUUUUGUUUAAUUUCUUUCAUAAUUUCUUUGUAUUUCAAAAGCUCAAACAAGCAAAUGAGGUUUUAGAGAAAACAUUUGUUGAUCAAACGGCCAUAAAGGCUGAGGCAGAGAAGAGUUCAUGAGACCAUCUCUGCUCCACAACCUUUAAUAUUGAAUGUGUGCUAACUGGUUUAUUUCGGAACACUUUCAAAAUAAAAGUGACUAAUCUCUUA